AUGGCACCCUCAGUUGACAUCCGCCCGGCACCCUCGCCUCCGGCCAGCAAGGGCUCGCGAGUGGGCAAGCUGCCCGUCACGCUGCUCUCUGGCUUCCUCGGCGCCGGCAAGACGACGCUGCUCCGCCACAUCCUCACGGCCAACCACGGUCUCGGCCGCAUCGCGGUCAUCGUGAACGACAUGGGCGCCCUGAACAUCGACGCGUCGAUCUUGCGCAAUGCAAACCUGACGCAAAAGCAGGAGCGGGUCGUCCAGAUGCAGAACGGCUGCAUCUGCUGCACUCUUCGUGGCGAUUUGCUGGAGGAGGUCGCGCAGCUGGCGCAAAACGACAACAUUGACUACCUUGUGAUCGAGUCGACCGGUAUCUCGGAGCCGCAGCAAGUGGCCGAGGCCUUCAGCCCCGAAUUCGCAGCCAUGCAUGCCCAAGCAGCAGACGACCUGGAGGAGGAGAUGCGCAACGACCCCGAGUCGGCGAAGCUGAACGCCAAGGUGGCCCAGAUUCUCGCAGACGGCGGCCUGAGCACCGUCAGCCGUCUCGACUGCGCGGUGUCGCUUGUCGAUGCGGUCAAUGUCUUCGCGGACUUCGAGACUGCCGACUUCCUGAUCGACCGCAACGUCGACGGCACCGUGCCCGAAGAAGACGACAGAUGCAUCAGUGACCUGAUGGUCGACCAGAUCGAAUUCGCAAACGUCGUCAUUAUCAGCAAGGUGGACCUCGUCUCGGAGGCUGAAGUCGAGCGGAUCAGAGGCCUGGUUGCCAAGCUCAACCCCGAGGCCAUCUGCCUCACGGCCAAGCACGGCGAUGUCGACCUCAAGCAGAUCCUCAACACCGGCCGCUUCGACUACGCCAAGGCCGCGAUGGGCGCCGGCUGGCUUCGGUCUCUCAACGAGGAAGUCCUGCCCGAGACUGAAGAGUACGGCAUCGGCUCGUUCGUGUACCGCGCUCGCCGACCAUUUGCGCCGCUGCGGCUCUGGCAGCUCAUCCGCAAGGAUUUUGUCGUGGUCCAGGCCGAGUAUGUGGACGAUGGCGAGGAUGUUAAUGACAAGGAGGACGACGAGAGCGAUGACGAGCAGAUGAAGGACGCCGAGGCCGAGGACGACGAGGCGGCGGACAGCGACGAGAAGGAGGAAGCACAGCCGCAGCUCAACCCUGCCGCACGCCUGGCCUCGAAGAAGGUGUCGCCGAUCUUCGGCGGCCUCCUCCGCUCCAAGGGCUUUGUCUGGCUCGCCACGCGGCCGGUGAUGUACGGCGAAUGGUCGCAAGCCGGCGUCAUGCUCACGCUCACCGGUGGCGGCCGAUGGCACUGCGAGGUGCCGUACGAGGACUGGCCCGAGGACGAGGAGAUCAUCGCCGCCAUCAAGCGCGACUUCUCCGGCCCAUGGAAGGACCGCCGGCAAGAGCUCGUCUUUAUCGGCUCGGGCAUGGGCGGCGGCUAUGAGAAGGCCAUCAGGAAGGCGCUCGACGAGUGUCUGCUCACCGACGCCGAGUGGGCGCAGUGGGAGAAGGUCAUGAACAGCAAGAAGCUCAAGACCAUGGAGAAGAAGCAAAAGGCGCUCGAAGCUCUGUUCGACGACGGCUUCGAGGAGUGGGUGGACGACAACGACCACGAGGGCCACAACCACGACUGA